CAACAUGGGUUUGCAACAGCGCCCCAAACACCCAGAUUUCUAGGUUAGUCUGUGAUUUGGCGGCUGGAGUGGAGUUGCGGGGCUCCGAUGGAUCCGGACGAGGUGGAAUUCUGGGGCGAAAAGUCGCCGAUCCAAAUCGUGCCCACCUUCAACAGCCCCGCCAUCUACCUGAUCGGGGGCGACGUGGGGCCCUUCCGGGCCACCAUCCCGUGCCGGGUGCCCCUCUGGGUGGCGCUGAGCCUCAAGCGGCAGCAAUACUGCAAGAUCAUCCCGCCCGAGUGGAUGGACGUGGACACGCUGACCGAGCUGCGGCGGCAGGAGAAGGCGGCCAGCAGCUCGUUUGUGAAGAUGCCCAGCGAGCACUACAUGGUGGAGGCGAAGCUGCUGCUGGGCGGCGCAGCCGAUGACGUGCCCAGGGCUGACGAGGUCAAGACCAUCGUGAAGGAUAUCUGGGACAAUCGCAUGGCCAAGUUGCGCUCCUCCAUGGACUCCAUGAUCCGAAACUCCUCAAUGUAUGCGGCCGUGGACAACCUCACGCUGAUGGAGAUCAAUUCGGUCCGGCCCAUCCUGCCGCACGCCUUAAACCAGCUCUAUCGCAUGAAAAUGGUGAAGAGGGGGCUGUCGCAGGGCAGCGCCACCCUCACGCACACCCGGACCGCAGUCUCCUUCACGGGCAGCUGAUUGAAAGCGAUUUGUACAUUAAAUAAAUUUAUUCCUGCCAA